GGAAGCAAUAGUAAGACUCAACAUAGACUGCAAAUAACCAUUUUUUUUUCACAUCACAAACACAGAAAGAUCAAAGUGAAUCACAUCUACGAUCUUGCAUAAAUUUGGGAUGAAUCCUCAUCGUCUCCAAACAGCUGCUACUCUCUAAGUGAUCGAAAUUCGUCUGGUUUCUUCUCAAUUUCAACUAUUCACCCAAAUUCAGUCAAUCUGGCAAAUUUAGGGGGGAUAAAUUUGCGGCCUCGCUUGGCAUUGAAGCAAACUCUACCGGGGGACCCAGACGACAAAGAGUGCAGACCGUGGCGCAGAAAGAUCUUAUUUUUCUCGCCGCAAUCGAUAACUAUGGCAUUCAAAUUUAGUUGGGUUUCGCUGAUGAAGGUUUCGCUAUUUCUGCUGCUGAUUGGGGCUAUUUUAGUUGCUUGCUUCACUCUCCCUGUCGAGAAGAUACUGAAGGAUUUUUUAGUGUGGAUAGAGCAAGAUCUUGGCCCUUGGGGUCCCCUAGUGCUGGCUGUUGCAUACAUUCCUUUAACGGUGUUGGCUGUUCCAGCUUCCAUACUGACUCUGGGUGGUGGAUAUCUCUUUGGCUUGCCUAUUGGUUUUUUUGCUGAUUCUAUUGGUGCAACAUUAGGUGCUGGGGCUGCAUUUCUUCUUGGGCGAACAAUAGGAAGAUCCUUUGUGAUUUCCAAGUUAAAAGAUUAUCCCAAGUUCCGAGCAGUUGCAAUUGCUAUUGAGAGAUCGGGAUUUAAGAUAGUGUUGUUGCUCCGGCUUGUUCCUCUACUUCCCUUCAACAUGAUGAACUACCUAUUAUCCGUGACUCCAGUACCUAUUGCUCAUUACAUGCUAGCAACAUGGUUGGGCAUGAUGCCGAUCACUUUUGCUUUGGUUUAUGUGGGAACUACAUUAAAGGAUCUUUCGGAUAUAACACAUGGAUGGCAUGAAUUCUCCGGAACCCGAUUGGCAUUUAUCUUCCUGGGUCUUCUGAUGUCUGUGGUGUUGAUAAUAUGCAUCACAAGAGUUGCAAGAUCUGCUUUAGAAAAGGCUUUAGCUGAAACCGGGGAAUGCCUAGAUAGAGAUGCCUUGCCACAAUCGUUACCUCUCAUGUCAACACCUUCGGUCAACCUCCACGAGCCACUGAUAAUCAAGAUUGAUACCGAUCAAGACAACCACGAACACUAGUUCAUCACGUGGAUCAGACGCAGGUCUCAGGGCCCGGGACGAGGAUCUGGAACUGCACGGAGAAGACCAUUGAGCUUCAAGUGAGAGUCGGGUGCAUACUGAAGAAGGUUCACACAUUGAAGGUGGGGUCAUCGAAGAGGUUGAAGAGCAAGAACAUCUACAAGGCGUACAUGCCUGGAAAGGCUAAGGGGGAUGCUUAAGCAGCAGUAUAUUAGUCUUGAGGAUUUGAGAGAUUGUUCGGAGAUCAAAGUCUUUAGGGAUCAUCAGAGGGGAUGCAUAACGGUUCGUAAGAAAUCGAGGCCCGAUUUCUGUUGAUUUUAUGAUCCAGGAUUCUUGCUUCUUUGUUUCUUGUUUCUUGUUUCUUGUUUCUUUUCUUUUGUAAUUCGUCAAUGUUGUUUCCCGAAGUUCUCUUGUGAAUGUUUCUGUUAGAUGCGAUUUUUUGUUUUGAGAUGGAAGUUCUAAAUGUUUAUGUUA